UUUCAAUAAUUAAUACGUUAUUCAUAUGACAGUAAGGUACGAUUCAAGAUUCAAGAUGGCGGAUACGUCAAUAUGGAUGACAUACGUAAAGAGUGGAUAUUUGUACAUAUUUUCUUCCUUAACUAGCGUUGUUUGUGGAUUUUAUUCUUAGUUAUUUAUACCAUUUUCAAGCGAAAGGAAUAAGCUUUUGUUCUGUGGAUACUUUCUGGCCACAAACUGUAAAUGAGAUGGGCUUUUUUGAACCUACAUGUAUUUGUAUGAAAUAGCAUAACUAUGGCAACAGAAGAAAUUCCAGCAAAGAUAAAACCACCAAAAAUUAUUGAGCUCAGAGAGUCGCUAGUGGAUAAAAAAAGAAUCGGGUCAUUCAGUCUAGUGCCUAUUAAAAAGAACACAGAGUUCGGACCUUAUGAAGGAAGAAUUGUUUAUGACAAGAAUGAUGAGUCACUGGACCCCAAGUUUUCCUGGGAGGUGUUUGAUUUGAAGACAUUUAAGUACCUACAUACUGUUGAUGCGACCAAUCCUGAGCAUGGUAACUGGAUGAGAUAUGUUUGUUGUGCAAGAUACUUUGAGGAACAGAAUAUUGUGUCCACUCAGAAUGGUUGUGAGGUGUACUACAGAGCACUGAAGGAUAUAGAGGCAGGAGAGGAACUUUUGACCUGGUUUCAGCCAAAAAAGAAAAAGCGAAAGAAGAGCUUGGUUCGUAACUUGUCAGAUCCUGCUGAACCAGAUGUAGGAAGUUCCAGUUUACAGGAAACAUCAGAUCUUUCUAAAAACCCUCUUCAAAGUCCAGAUAAACAGAAAAGGAAGAGAAAGCCAAAGGUUAUUCCAGAUGCUUAUGAUGGUCCACUUGAUUGGUCAGAAAAUGAACCUCCGCCAAAAAAGAUUAAAGAGGAUGUGUUUGAACCUCUUCAACCAGGCCAGAAAAGACGACGUAGAAAAAAGUUAUCAACAGACAAUGUAGACUCGGAGGUUUCCUCGAGGGCAACUAGUCCUACUUCAGAUAAACAGAGCAACAAUCCAGAUGAGGAAACUGUAAAACCUGAUCUUAUUAAGAUUGAGGAAGAUAAAGUGGUUGCUAAACAGAAAGGAGAGCAGAAAGGAGAGGCUAAGAGAACCCCUCAAAAGAAUAAAAAGUCGUUUUUGGAUGUAAGCAAUGUAAGGAGAAAUUUAUAUUCAAGUACAAUUGAAAUGAAAAAAGAAAAUGGCCCGCCUAUGUCAAUUGCUGAAAUAAAUAAUUCUGUGGAAUGGGAAUUUCCAAAAAGUGGAGAAGAAUACAAUUUUGUUUUGAAGAAGCGCCAUAUUGUAAGUGAUGUUGGUAAAAAACUUUACAAAUGUGAUAUAUGCCUUGGAUUGUAUAAACAUAUGUUUAGUUUGAAAAGACACUACCUUAGAAAUCAUAUAAACUAUAAAUACCUGAGUAAGUCAGACAUGACAAACUGUUUGAUCAACUUGGCGCAGGUUAAACAUUUAAUGCGAAAUAAAUUCCCAGACACAAAAGAGAAACCUGAUAUACAGGAAAGUAACCAACUGGAUGAAAGCAAUACAAGUGAUAAACAGAAUGCAGAUGAUGAUUGUGACGGUAUUGUCAAAAAUGAAAUUGAAGAAAAUACAAAUGAUUCUGAUGAAAAUGUUGAAAAAAUCAAUUUAAAUGACGAAUCUAGUCCGAAACGUGUUCAUGACAAAAGUGUACCUGAUACAAGUGUCGAUCUCAAGGAAGAUAUGAAUGAGGUAAAAAAUGAUUCACACGAAGAAAUAAAGGGAGAAACAAUGGAGAGUCUUGAUGAAUCUAGUCCAAAUAAUGUGUGCAAUAUUGACCAACAAAAUAAAAUAGAUGACAAAGAAAAUGAAAACUUUUGCAAGAAAUUAGAAAUUGAUGAAAGCAAUAAUGAUGGUACAGAAGAUAAAAAUGAUGAUAUAGAAGAUAAAAAUAAUGAUACAGAAGAAAAUGAUGAAAAUAAUACCAAUGCAGCUAUAGAAGCUGAGAGGAAAGUUGUACCAAUGCCUGGACUAUUCCGUUGUUAUACUUGCUAUUUGACAUUUGAUGACUUCAUCACGAUAAGGGAGCAUACCCAGAAUCAUCCGGAGCAGAUAGACGGAGCAUGUUACCCUUGUGAUAUGUGCAGCAUGAGGUUUAACUAUAAACAUAAUCUUGUCAGACAUCGGAAAACACACAAUACAGAAGGUAUAAAAGCAGUUGAUAGAGACACACUAUCCAAGAAAUCUGAGAAUCAAUCACCCCAUAAACAUCUUCUACCAUCUAAAAAUAGUUCUUCACCAGAGAAAAAGCCAUUACUUCUGCCUACUGUGUUCCGCUGUGGAGUUUGCCCGCAGAAGUUUGACAGUCAGGCCAAUGUUGUUAAACAUGUUAAGGAAGAACACAAAACUGGAAGCAAGUUUCAAUGUUCAUAUUGUGGGAAGGAAUUCCUGUCUAUGCCUAAUAUGAAAAAACAUGUCCGCUUCCAUCUUGGAUAUCGUGCAACUUGUCGUAUAUGUUCCGAGGCUUUUUCUAACGUCGGUGCUCUACGUAAACACACACGUGUCUCACAUCCCGACAUUUAUAAAGCUAAACUUAUUGAAAGGCUUGAGAAGUAUGGUGUACUAAAAGGACCAGAUAAAAAUGCUUUGAGUAAAGAAAUUGUUGAUAAAGUAAAUUUAAAUAGGAAAAAAUCUCAAGAGUCUCAAGAAGUAGAGUCAGUUGAAAUUGAUAAAAAAGAAGUGAAACUGGAAACAAAAAAUUGUAAAAAGGAGGAAAGCCAGGAGGAGGUAGAUAAUGAAAUAAACUUUACAGCAGAUGAAAUAGAUGAUGGUGGGUCUCGCUUUAAAUUUGCAUGCACUGUGUGUAAGAAAAGAUUUAGUAGUUAUAUUAAUAUGUGUAGACAUAGACGCAAGAUACACAGUAAUGAAAAUCGGCAUAGAACUGAACAGUGUUUAACUUUUGGCCGUAAACCAAGAAAUAACCCCUCGCCAAUUUUAGAAAAUCCAGUAGAGGUGGCAGCUUUUUAUGCCAACAUAUCACACAAUAUUGCUACAAAUUUGAACUGCUACAUUGAUGGUAAAGUAGAAUCUCUGCAAACUUUUGCAGACCAUGUAAAAAUAGAAAACUAUGAUGGAAACUUUGGUUACAAUGUGGGAAAUGAACAACCAAAUGAUUUAAGUUGGGAAAAUUACAAUUUUCCGCAAGAUUUCAAACCUGUGCAGACAGUUUCAUUUGCUGAUAUAAAAAAUGUACUAAAUAUUCAUAAUGAUUUUGAUUCACAUUGUAUGUCUGUAGAUGAUAGAGGAUCUGAUUGUGAAAAUAACUUGAAGAGAAGUGAACAGAAAGAAAAACAGGGCGAGGAUAACAGCGUAAGCAAACACAAAAGUUAUUCAAUAGGUGAUAAAAAUAUUGUAAAGCAUAAACAUUUGACUGAAACAAGAAAUGAUCAAGGAAACUGUGAUUCUAAUUAUCAAGGCAUAGAAGAAAGUGUUGAAGAUUCUGAAGUUCGGGAAAUUAACAGUGACAAGUGUGAGAAAGAAAAGCGAUUUGAUAAAACUUGUGAUACAUCUGAGGAAGGUGAUACCAUGGGUAAAUCAUCACAUGGUCUAAAGGCUCUGGCCAAUUUAGGCUCAGUGUGGUUAAAACGUGGGGCAGGAGAUGGGAAGAGUGAUAUGAAGAAUGCUGAACUUGGUGCAGUUGGUAUACUUCCUAUAGGGACUUCCAUUUAUACAGACUCACCUGCUGCUAAAACUUUUCAUCAGGUAAAACUUGGAGAAUAUGCUAAUUUCCAAGAUGAUCUGAUGCCCUUCGAUAUGGACUGUCCAGUUACCAAGGCAACUCAAAAUAACAAGACAAAUUCAGAACAAUGUUAUUUAUUCACAGAUGAAGAGAAAAAACAGGUAGUUCAAACAGCAGAGAAGUUUAACAAGAGUGCUCAAGAUCAAUUGGAAGCUCUGUAUGACAGCAUUGACAACUGUGAACCAGUCCCAAACACAAUAAAGUCACCCAAGUCCCUAAGUGAACUAUGUGAAAACACUCUUGGUCUGUGUCACACGUCAAAGAAAAGGGAGCGAGAAACAUCCUUGAAUGUUGAGGUUGCCAAUAAGCUUAAGCUAUCAACAAAUAUUCAGAAGGAUCAGUAUGGACAAACGACAAUGGAAGAUGGUCCCAAUUAUGCUGAUGAACCAGAAGAAAGUCCAUUUUACAAUUAUGAAUCUAUUAUGUUUGGUAAGAAUGGAGAUAUAGUGCAAAUUUGUGGCGUCUGUAAGAGACAUUUCUCUGAUAUAGAUGGCCUGUUGCGACACCACACAAAGAAACAUCCUGCAGUUCAAUGCAGCUUUCUACAGGUAGAACAAGGAUAUGAGAUUGAAGAUUUACAUUUUUCAGAACCGUCAACAGUAGGAGCUCUAGCAGUUACAGACCCUGGACUCGAUACUGUUUCUGAUAUGGACUUGUUUAGAUGUACAAAUUGUGCUGCUGUAUUUAAAACUGUUUCUAAACUGCAUGUACAUAUGGUUAACUGUUCAUCAAUUGACCCAAUAUUUGGUAUUCAGAAGAUGGAGAGUCAGUCCAGAACACCAUUGAAAAAGAAGCUACAAAAGAAGAUAUUUAGCUUGUUUGGAAAUAAGACAGAUGCCACAAAUGAGUUAAAUUCUUUAACCUUCAAACUUACUCAGCAAAGAAACGAAUCUCAGUCACCAAAACGUGUGUUCACUGGUUGUAGAAAAAGAACAUCGUUUAUUUUACCAGACUCUCCGCAGAAACUUGUCAGUGAACAGAAACCAUUAAUACCUACUUCAUCUGGAUACAAUCCACAGAAUCAUGUCAGACGAAGAGAAUUAACAGAAAUAUUGGAUACAUUGACAUGCGAAGCUUGCGGGCUUAAGUUUAAGACUAUUAUAUUACUUGAACGCCAUGUCAAAUACUGUUCAAAGAAAGAAAAAUUUAAAAGCAUUCAACCAAUGGCAUGCCCAUUGAUAGAUGAAUCACUUGAAAAAAUCAAGAACAUGUGCUUGUAUUGCAACAAGAACUUUACAUAUACAAAAAGCUUAGUAAAUCACUUUCAAGAUUUUUGUCCAGUCAAAAGGGCAAAAUUGGAUAAGGGGGAACUUACUGAGCAAGAUAAAAUGAAAGAAGCUGAGAUUAUAGAAAGGAUUCAAAAAGGAGAAGAAGUAAAAGCAGUUAAGCCAAAGGAAAUAGAGAGUCGCCCUAAAAGAAAUAUGCCAUGGCAGGUUGGAAGGAAAUCAAAGCGUAAAGGUCAUUCUUGGACAAAUAUAAAGAAAAGAAACCAACAGAAACAGUCUAUUGGAGGAGCUGAAGUGGUUGAAGAGUCUGAUGACAAUGAAGGGUAUGAAUCUAGUGAAUCAGAAUCUGGAAUGGAGGGAAAUAAACUCACUGCUGCACCAGAUGUAGAUGAUACUGACAGUGAAGUGAAAGAACCUUUGGUUGAUACAACAUCUAAUGUUUCUGACAGUGAUAAAAUUGUAGACAGUGAAACAUGUGAUAUAGUAAGAAAUGAAGCAAAAGCUAGAGAAGGUAAUGGUGAACAGUUUCUAAAAGGGUUAUCAGACAAAGAUAAGGUUAGUAAUUAUAACCCAGUUGUGAGUACUCCCUGUAACAAAAUAUUAGAUGAAAAUUCACACCUAGCAGUACCAGUGAUUGAAGAUGUUGUGCCAGCCUGUGCUAUACCAACAGCUCUAGCAGUAGUUCAAGAUGUUAUUCAACCACCUGACAUAACACCGCCAGUUGCAGUUCUUCAAGAUUGUUUGUCACCAAUUGGAAACACCAGCUUUAAUUCCACUGAUUCAUCAUUUGCUGAAAAGGAUGGACCUAUAACUCUAUACACUUGCAUUGAUGUAAAUAAUACCUCUUUAAAUUGCACAGCAAGGUAUAGUGUAAACUUGGUUAAUCCAGUAAAAAAAUAUAGACCUAUUGCGCCAAAGCCCAAGUCAUCAUCAUCAAUGUUUCACUGUGUUUCAAAACUGAUUCCAACCUCAAAACCAGUUAGUUCUGAAAAGGCCUUAGGAAUAGACAAUAUAGCAACUUAUGAAAAUGGAAGUAAUUUUAAAUCAUCCAGUGUGGAAAUAAAAGAGGAAGCUAAAUUUAAAAUGGCAGAACAGGGUUUGAUAACAGGAAAGCGAAAACGGGCAAGGGUAGGAAGAGUUGAAGAAUUCCUACGUAAUGCCUUUAAAAGGAAAAAGAAUAAAUUAGAAAGGAGAUUAACAACAGGUGAGAAAGAGAGUUCUUUAACUUUAGUAGAUCAUCAAUUGAAAUCAGCAAGUGACUGUUUAGAAAAAUCAAAAUUGGUUGAUACAGAUACAAUGAAAUUAAGCAUUGGAGAUGCAUCUUAUUUGAAAUCUAAACAAGCUGAAGAGAAUACUCUUAAUAAGAUUUGUCAGGUAGUAUUAUCCAAAAAGAAACAUUUGGGAGAUAAAUUAACUGAAGAAAGUGCAGAAACAUCAGUACAAAUGCACAAGUCCAUGUCAAAUUCAUGCAUUGAUGUGUAUCAUAACGAAGAACAACAUAUUCAGAAUGAAUAUCAAUUUUACAGUGACAAAGGUAAGCUUGAUAAUGAAUCAUCGUCUAUAAAUACUAAUCAAAAGCGAGGUAGGGGGAGACCUAAGGGAUCAGGCAUGAAAAAGCCGGCAUAUAAAUUGAAACCUUUGCCUGGGAGAAAACGUGGAAGACCACGCAAGUUUAGUUUACCUGAAACAUCAACUAUUGAUAAUAAACUUAAAUGUACUUCUGAUCCUUUAGUUUCUGAGACUUGUGAAAUUUCAGUUGAUAAAGGAAUUGAUACUACAACAGAAUUGGACAACUUUGCUGAAAGUGACAGUGGUGUAGAAAAUAAUGCACAGCAUUCAGAAAAUGAAAAGGUUUCCACCUAUGAUGUAGUGGCAGUGAAUAAGAAUGCUCAUGAUCUACAAGGUGAUACAAAAGAAAGCCUCAUGAAGUCUGGUGAGUCUUUCACUGGUAAUGCAGAAGAGGAAAUUGAUGGUUAUCCUGUUAAUGGUAAUGUCUUAAAUAUUUGUUCAGAUGGUGAAAAGCGUAAUGAAGUUAAUAACAGCACUAUAAAAGAAACUGAAUCAAACGAAAUGAUUGGUCAUACUACCUCAAAUGAAUCAAUUGAACAAGGAGGUAAUAUUGUAUGUGAUCAAACGAAUGGAAAAAGUACAGUUCAUAAAAGUGUAUCUGUCACAAACAAUGUAAAAGAUGAACACCAUAAGAAAGUAUUGAACAAAGAAGUUGAUGAAAAAGAAAAUCCUGUUAAGUUGAAACAAUUUGAAAUUACUGAUAAAUACAAUACCAAGAAGACUUGCCCAUCUGAUCAUGUAAUAAACUGUAAAUUUGAUAAUUAUGAUGAAGUGGAUGGAGGUUACAUUGAAGACACUGACUGUAUGAUAAACAGACAAAAUAAUGUAACAUAUGAUGAUAAAGUAACAUGUGAUGAUCUUUCUAGUAACAUAUGUAACAAAGGUGAUGAAUCAGAUUUGACAAAUUAUACUAGUGUUAAAUUUAUUGCAGAGCAGAUUGCAGAAAAAUCUUCAGAAAAAAUGGCUUAUUGUGUUGUACCAAGCAAAGAUGAACAAGAAACAGUCGAUAGGGAUAACUUUGGCAAGGCUCAUGCUGGAACAAACAGUUUGGAUAACAAGCAGAUUUUCUUGUAUGACCAUGUUGGUCACAACAUUGAAUGUGAACAGAAAUGUCCGAAUGAAAUCAGCUGUAAAGAAUCUGACAAACAAGAUGUGAAAGAUAAAAAUACAGAGAAAGAGAUUGACACUGAAGAUAAUACUAGUGACAAUGAUUGUGCUAAAGACUUUAUUCCAGAAUCAGAAACAAAUGCAGCUAGUGAACUUGAUGUUUUAUUAGAACCUGUUCUCAGUCCAGGUGAAAGAGUGAAAAUGAAUAAAAGAAGCUGUAAGAAGGAUGUUGAUCUCUCGUCACCUGUGUGGGUUAAAAGAACAAAGUUGCACAAAGGAAAAUCAGAGAAGAAACUAGAUGACCCAUUAAUUGAAAGUGAGACUAAUAGAAAAACUCAACAUAAAGCACAGAGGACGGAUGAUAGUGCUGUAGUCGAUAAUAAAUGUAUGAAAAUUGUUGGGAAAUCUGAUGAUAGUAGUCUUGAUAUAGGUAGAAAGAGGAAAGUUGCUGAACUAGAUGAUGAAAUUGCACCCAAACUAAAACAUUUUAAGCAAGAUGGUGUAAAGGGAAGUGUAAAAACUAACAUAAGAUUUAAGAAAUGAAUCUUGCAUUGUCCUAUGGUUAAAGACUUGUAUAUCUGAUAUCUAAACUUUGAUAUAAAAUUUGUAUAUAGGUGUACAUGAAAUAGUCUUUCAAAUGAUUAUAUUUUAAAGCAAACACAUUUAUUAGUAUGAUAACUAAGAAUGUUAUUUUUGUCUUGUUACAUUAUUUUAAGGUAUCAUGUGUAAAUAGUACUAAAUACUUACUUUUAAAUUUGAUUUUUUUUUCAUCAAUGAAAUUGAUUGUUAUUAUUUGUACAUUGUAUACUGUCUUUCUGAAAGAUACCAUUAUGGUGAAAAUAAAUUAAUUAUUUUGCAUAAA